AUCAGCCAUUGUUUCGCCUGUGUCAGGACCAAAGAAGGUGACCACAGGUCACUCCUCCGGCAAAUUCUGUUUGCCCUCCCUCCUCCCCACUCAGGAAGUUUGGUGCCUAGAAUGGAGGACGCGCUGCGCUCCCUGGGCAUGGCUCCUCAUCCCCCCGGCGGCGACCCCGGCAGCAGCCCCGUCUGGCAGGGAGGCAGCGAGCACGGCAUCAUGGACGCCUCCUACUACCUGGAUGACCUGCUGCGCAAUAUGCAUGGCAACGCUGCAGACGGGGGGGACACGGCAGGCGGGGCCCGGGGACCCUCCCACCUGCAGGGGUAUGGCCACCCCGUCCAGACCAUCCCGAUGCGCCGCCCCAGCCCCUUUGGCAUGCCCCCCCCCCAGGCGCGCGGGGUGAGCCAGCCCGUGCCGCAGCGCCUGGUAGUGCCCCCCCGCGCGGCGCCGUCGUCCGGGUCUGAUGAGGACGACAGCGCAGACCUGGACAUGUCCAGUGGACGCUCGGAGCAGACGCACAGCCAGAGCCUGAUCACGCACCGCAGCGUGCGCAGCGACCCCGGCCUGGCCGCCCGAGGGGGGCCUCCACGUAGUAACAAGCGCGGCCGCAGUGCCCUGGGGAAGGAGGGGCGCUCGGGGGAGGAGCAGUCGCGGCUGCGACAGGCCGGCCUGGCGGUGCAGCAGCGUGUGCGGUCCAGCGCGCGCGUGAGCUGGAAGGAUGGGAGGCAGGGCGGGCGGGAGCGGGGCGGCGUUGAGAUGGGGGGGGAGCAGUCGGUGCAGGAGGACAGCGAGGAGGAAGGCAAGAAGGGCAAGAAGGGCAGCAGCAGCGGCGGGAACAGGGAGGCGGUGCGCAAGUACCGCGCCAAGAAGAAGCAGCAGGCGCGGGAAAUGGAGCUGGAGUUGGAGCAGCUGCGGCGCGAGAACGCGGUGCUGGCGCGGCGUGCGGCGCACCAGGCGGAGCUGCAGCGCGAGGUGGGGGCCCUGCGCGCGCUCGUCCUGCAGCUGUACCAGCGCCUUGGGGAGGCGCCGCCGCCGCGCCUGCAGCAGGCCGCGGCAGAGGCCGCGCACACGGCGGACAGCGACAAGCCCACCCGCGACACCGAGCCCAAGCAGCCCGCGCGGCCGGCUUCCCCGGGGCUUCUCCCCACGGGCAACAGCAGCACGCUGGCCAACGUGGUGCUGGGCGAGCGCGAGGGGCGCGCGGAGGUGCCGUCGCUGGCGGCGGCCGCGCUGCCGGACUUCCCGGGGACGGACUGGCUGGCGGCCAUGUCCGCCAUGGACGCGUGCCAGAGCAGCCUCACCGCGCUGCCCUCCACGCAGCCCAUGGGCUUCUCGUACCAGAACGCGGCGCUCCUCCCCAACAAGUCCCCCCUGCACUCGACCAUCCAGGAGGGGCUAGCGUUCUCAGCUCCUGCCGAGCAGCAAGACUUCGGGGCGCGCUUUGACAGCUCGGACUAGGCCAUCUUUCCCACUUGGGGCUGUUGGACAAGACAGCGAAGUUGCUGGUGUGGUUGCAUCGGACCUGAUUGAUGUUGUGUAUGCCCGUUGAAGGUUCCUCGGUCCAAGGUGACCGUUGUAUGCAUGGUCGGGGCAGAACGUUGUAGUCGAGCUUUGGCAUGAGCCUGGUUUAAAAGUCGUCUUCUAUGUAAGAGAUACACGGGAUCUUAUGGCCUUGUUAUAAUUUGGUCAAACCUCAAUUCAUUGGGUAGGCAGGGAUGGCGAAGCAAGAGGAGUUGACAUUCUCUUCAUGUAAGAUGUUUAUUGGUCCCUAGGUCAUUAGAUCACCCAAGGUUCUACUGCUCUUGCCAUGUACGCUUCCAGUUAAAGCUAGUAGCUGCAUGGUGGAUCUGAGAAUAUGCAAGAUAAAAUAGAUUCAUAAUACAUUCAUGUUUGGUUUUACACAAGGUCAAAAUCUGAUUGAUUGCGUACUUGCACACUUGCCCCCACUGGUAACAUGUGAUUGCAGUCUUUGAUCGGGGCUGAGCUCCUACCCAGUGCUGACACUGCGCCAUGAAGCGAAAGUCUGAUAGUUCAGCCAGCUAUCAGAAUAUGUAGAUCUUUCCUGGUCGAAAGCAAAGAAGAAUCAGUGGU